AUGAUGUCGAUACCCACAUCUGGUAUGGAAGGUGGGAAAGGAGCACCGCGACGAGUAGCCGCCUUUUUCAAUGCUGAGAUCGACCCUCGUCAUGGAGAGAUGAUAUUGUUUGGAUGUUGUCUAUCGUCCGGACUGGUCGACAGCACCACGUAUAAUGCGUACAGGACCUUCGUGUCGAUGCAGACGGGGAACACCAUUUUUGUCGGGUUAGGGGCCUCUGGGCAGGAGGCACGGGCGUAUGGAUGGGUAGGGUCCCUCACGGCGAUUGGAUGUUUUGUGGUGGGGAGUUUUCUGUUUGCACGACUGCAUCGCAUCUUGGGGGCGCGGCGACGAGGCAGUUUGAUGCUGUCGUUUGCGAUUCAAGCGGGACUGAUUAUUCUGACGGCCGGACUGGUGCAAGGCCAAGUAGUUUCCAGCGUCCUUGCGGGGGGCGGAAAUGAUGUGGAGGAUACUACGCCUCUGUGGAAUGAAGAGGUUCCGAUUGUUUUGCUGAGUCUGCAGUCGGCGGGACAGAUCGUGGCGAGUCGCACGUUGGGGUUCAACGAGAUCCCGACAGUGGUGAUCACGAGCCUUUUGUGUGAUCUCAUGUCGGAUCCCAAGUUAUUCCUGUUGCGGAACGAAAAGCGCGAUCGACGGGUGAUUGCUUUCGUGCUCACACUGGUGGGGGCAAUUAUUGGUGGAUGGAUUACCAAGGCGACGCAGCAGAUCGGGCCGGUGCUGUGGCUGUCGGCGGGGAUUAAACUGGUUCUCGCAGGGGUUUGGGGGUUUUGGACGACGGUAUAA